ACAGUAUCUGAACUUAUCUCGCGAGAUCAUCGACGCGUCGAAUAAAGAUAAUAUGUUACACAUUUGAGCGAAGAGCUCUUCUGUAGCGUUGCAUUGAGUCAUGGUUGUUGUGUCCCCUUCUGUUAGUCUUCACGCUGAUUAGUCGGCCUUGGUUUAUUGAAACAUUCCGCAUUUAAUUAUUUUUUUUUUAAUACUCUCAAACCUGGUUAGCGAUGUCUUCGUUUGUGAUUUACUGCGCCUUACAGCUCAUUGCUUCUUUCGCUCAAGGUAAAUAAAGGAUUUAUUACAGUUAUAAAUAUUUAUAUCCACAAUAUUUUGAGCCAUUUUUUUUCAAUUGUAAUUAAACAAACAAUAUUUUUCGUAUAAAUCUUGUACAUGCAAUUUAGAGCGACUUAGAAAUGAUUACAUUUCUUAAGAAACCAUUGCAUCAUAUUUCCUUCAUCUCCAUGACCCCCCCCCCCCCCUCCCUCGGGCCAAGACCCGCAACCCAACAUUUUUUCCCACGCCCCUGAACUAAAUUUAUACACUAAUUUCCCAUCCGCUUUUUACAACUCAGAUUUAUUGCACAAACUAUAUUCAUAAAAACAGAAGAAACUAUUACGCACCAAACGCACUUGUGAUAUUUGUAUGACUCUCAUUUAGCGCAGUUAUCGGAAAUUUUAUUUCGUGACCUCAGUGUCGUAUGGUAACGUUUAAAUUGUUUUUUGGGGGGUUUGCGGUGGGGCUGAAAAUUUAAGAGAAUGUGUUGCCAUUGGAAACGAGUCAAUGUACCCAGUCUCAGCUCGAUAGGAUGACGCGAAGUGGGUCACUUGGCCAUUCGAAGAUUUUGCCACCCAGCCAGAUACGCACAAACAAAAGUGAAGUUAAUAAAAAGGAUUUUAAAAUAUCGAUACUAUUAGAAAUUACUACCUGCUAGAAAUUACCCGUCAAAAUUAAUCGUCUUUACAUUUUACAAAAAUAGAUUUUUGCCGUUCCCAUCCAAGAUAUAUGUAGUUUGUCAAAAAUCGUGCAUCUUACUAUAAAGAAAAAAAUUGCGCUCGUGUGUGGGGGGGGGGCACCUCCACCUCACCCUUCCUACGCCACUGAUGUCGAUCAAACCUGAAAAAGAUGGAAAUUAAGUCUAAGCCCAUGAGAUGACGUCAUACAUAACUAGGGGCUAGGAGGGUCGAGGAGGGGUGGGGGAUUUUGCGUUUAUUAUCGGGAAUGAAAUCAGUUAAGCUCUCCUGUGGUGGCCCGGCUCUCCUGUGUGCCUGGCUCUCCUGUAGUGGUCCGGCUCUCCUGUGGUGGCCCGGUUCUCCUGUGGUGGCCCGGCUCUCCUGUGGUGGCCCGGCUCUCCUGUGGUGGUUCGGCUCACCUGUGGUGGUUCGGCUCUCCCAUGGGGUUCCGGCUCUCCUAUAGCGGUCCGGCUCUCCUAUAGCGGUCCGGCUGUGCUAUGAUGGUCCGGCUCUUCCAUGGUGGUUCGACUCUCCAAUUGUGGUCCGGCUCUCCUAUAGCGGUCCGGCUGUCCUAUGAUGUUCCGGGUCUUCCAUAGUGGUCCGGCUCUCCCAUGGUGGUCCGGCUCUCCCAUGGUGGUCCAGCUCUCCUGUAGUGGUCCGGCUCUCCCGUGGCGGUCCGGCUCUCACAUGGUGGUCCGGCUCUCCCAUGGUGGCCCGGCUCUCCAUAUAGUGGUCCAGCUGUUCUAUGAUGGUCCGACUCUCCCAUGGUGGUCCAGCUCUCCCAUGGUGGUCCGGCUCUCCUAUAGCGGUCCGGCUCUCCUAUGAUGAUUUGGCUCUCCCAUGGUGGUCCGGCUCUCCCAUGGUGGUCCGGCUCUCCCAUGAUGGUCCGGCUCUUCUAAAGCGGUCCGGCUCUCCCAUGGUGUUCCGGCUCUCCUAUGAUGCUCCUGCUCUCCUAUGACGGCCCGGGUCUCUUAUGGUGGUCCGGGCGUAAGUGUUCAACGUUUAAUAUCCCCUGAUAUGGUGGGCAAGAAUCCAAAGGCGUAGCCAGAGUGUUUGGCGCCCGGACACAAGAUUCGCGCAUAGGGACAAGAUUCAUUUUAAAGUGCCCCAUUUUUUUAUCUUAUCAACUCUCAAACCCAAUAUUUUCAUCAAUAAAAUAAUAUCAAAGCACAUUUUGGCGUCCUUAGCCAGUUGGCUCCGGGGAAUCUGUCCCCCCUGCCACCCUUCGCCACGCCUCUGCAAGAAUUACAAGGAUAUAAUGUGACAUGGGGGGGUCCUGAUGCUUCAGUUAUCUUACCCAGAGGCUAUGGCAUAGAUCUUGUAGAUAGACCUACUUACUGAACAAGCUUAGCUGUGGAUAGACCUACUUACUGAACAAGCUUAGCGGUGGAUAGACCUACUUACUGAACAAGCUUAGCGGUGGAUAGACCUACUUACUGAACAAGCUUAGCAGUGGAUAGACCUACUUACAGAACAAGCUUAGCGGUGGAUAGACCUACUUACUGAACAAGCUUAGCGGUGGAUAGACCUACUUACUGAACAAGCUUAGCGGUGGAUAGACCUACUUACUGAAUAAGCUUAGCGGUGGAUAGACCUACUUACUGAACAAGCUUUGCGGUGGAUAGACCUACUUACUGAACAAGCUUUGCGGUGGAUAGACCUACUUACUGAACAAGCUUAGCGGUGGAUUGACUUACUUAUAAUGAACAAGCUUCGUGUGGCCAUUACUCCAGUUGUCCGUCAACAGUGCACAAUAUUCCAUAGUGGUCCAUUUGUUACAUUUACAGUGCACGAUAUCCCCUGUAUUCUAUUCGUUAGAGUGCAUAAUAUCCCUAGUGGUCCAUUUGAUACAGUUACAGUUACAGAGCAUAAUAUCCCCAUGGUUCAUUUGAUACAGUUACAGAGCAUAAUAUCCCCAUAGUUCAUUUGUUACAGUUACAGAGCAUAAUAUCCCCAUGGUCCAUUUUAUAUAGUUACAGUUACAGAGCAUAAUAUCCCCAUAGUUCAUUUGUUACAGUUAGAGAGCAUAAUAUCCCCAUGGUCCAUUUUAUAUAGUUACAGUUACAGAGCAUAAUAUCCCCAUGGUCCAUUUGAUAUAGUUACAGUUACAGACAUGGGCGCCUGCAGGUAGGGGCCAGGUGGGGCACUUGCCUCCCCCCCUGGAUUGAUUGGAUAAAAAAAAUUAGACAAAAAUAAACAAAAAAUGUAUUAAAGUAAAGAGAAAAUAAAGAGAAAGUAACUCAGCUGAUGUCCUGUCCAUUCUUUCACCAUACAAAUACGCUACAGUAAAUUAAAACUACAUUAAAACAUUACCAAACAUUUUUUGCCCCCCCCCUGGAAAGUUAAUCGAUUUUUUUUGCCCCCCCCCCCUCAUGGUUACAGAGCAUAAUAUCCCCAUGGUCCAUUUGAUAUAGUUGCAGUUACAGAGCAUAAUAUCCCCAUGGUCCAUUUGAUAUAGUUGCAGUUACAGAGCAUAAUAUCCCCAUGGUCCAUUUGAUAUAGUUACAGUUACAGAGCAUAAUAUCCCCAUGGUCCAUUUGAUAUAGUUACAGUUACAUAAUAUCCCCAUGGUCCAUUUGAUAUAGUUGCAGUUACAGAGCAUAAUAUCCCCAUGGUCCAUUUGAUAUAGUUACAGUUACAGAGCAUAAUAUCCCCAUGGUCCAUUUGAUAUAGUUACAGUUACAGAGCAUAAUAUCCCCAUGGUCCAUUUGAUAUAGUUACAGUUACAGAGCAUAAUAUCCCCAUGGUCCAUUUGAUAUAAUUACAGUUACAGAGCAUAAUAUCCCCAUGGUCCAUUUGAUAUAGUUACAGUUACAGAUCAUAAUAUCCUCAUGGUCCAUUUGAUAUAGUUACAGCUACAGAGCAUAAUAUCCCCAUGGUCCAUUUGAUAUAGUUACAGUUACAGAGCAUAAUAUCCCCAUGGUCCAUUUGAUACAGUUACAGUUACAGAUCAUAACAUCCCCAUGGUCCAUUUGAUACAGUUGCAGUUACAGAGCAUAAUAUCCCCAUGGUCGAUUUGUUACAAUAACCAUGUAAUGUUUGUUUUCUUAGCUGCAACAAUUUUUGUAGUUAAUGUUACGUUUACAUAGGGCUCCUUUCGUUGAUUGUUACACAUUUACGCAGCCACUAAUGACUAUCAUUGCCUCUCUUCUCGCCAACAGCUCAGCCUGGGGUCAAAAACCAAGCAGUUUUAGAUCUCUUUACAAAGAACUACAAAGGAGAUGUAAGUAGAUGAUAUCAAAUGGAUAGACAUCUAACUAGGAGAUGUAAAUGGAUGAUAUCCAAUGGAUAGACAACUAACCUCAUUUACAUUUUUCAAGUUUCGUAUAGGUGUGUUCCGAAUAUUUAUUCACGUAAUACAACGGUUCUCAACAAGUGUACGUUAUGUUUCUUCAAGUAGAACAUUAGUCUGAGGUACCUGUAUAGUUAGAUAAGUAGUGCAACAUAAGUUUGAUAACCCCUAAUAGAAAACAUUGUUGAAAGAAAAAUAUUUUCACUCCGAAAAUUAAGUGUGAAUUGAAUAAGCAUUAAUAGAGUUUCUUUGCAACAGCUGUAUGACGGGAUGGUUGUUGUAACAGCUACAGCUGAAUGAUUUCCUGUGUUUAGUACCAGCACCAGCUGAUCCGAGGCGGAACUUGGCACUAGAAACAGCUGUGUCACGUGAUGUGUUUGGCACUAGAAACAGCUGUGUCACGUCAUGUGUUUGGGACUAGAAACAGAUGUGUCACGUGAUGUGUUUGGUACUAGAUACAUCUGUGUCACGUGAUGUGUUUGGUACUAGAAACAUAUGUGUCACGUGAUGUGUUUGGCACUAGAAACAGCUGUGUCACGUGAUGUUUUUGGUACUAGAAACAGCUGUGUCACAUGAUGUGUUUGGUACUAGAAACAGAUGUGUCACGUUAUGUGUUUGGUACUAGAAACAGAUGUGUCACGUGAUGUGUUUGGUACUAGAAACAGCUGUGUCACGUGAUGUGUUUGGCCCUAGAAACAGCUGUGUCACGUGAUGUUUUUGGUACUAGAAACAGCUGUGUCACAUGAUGUGUUUGGUACUAGAAACAGAUGUGUCACGUUAUGUGUUUGGUACUAGAAACGGAUGUGUCACGUGAUGUGUUUGGUACUAGAAACAGCUGUGUCACGUUAUGUGUUUGGCCCUAGAAACAGUUAUGUCAUGUGAUGUGUUUGGCACUAGAAACAGCUGUGUCACGUCAUGUAUUUAGUACUAGAAACAGAUGUGUCACGUGAUGUGUUUGGCACUAGAAACAGCUGUGUCACGUGAUGUGUUUGGCACUAGAAACAGCUGUGUCACGUUAGGUGUUAGGCACUAGAAGCAGCUGUGUCUACAGCAGUAUAGUAUCAAGGCCGUACAAAGUACACUAGCAAAAAUCAUCGUUAGAUUAAACGAUAAAAUCAUAUUUUCUUCACAAAGACAAGGGGCGCCAAAAACCGGGCAAUUCUAUAGAAGGGCGUUAUUUUCAGUUUUGCUCCGGGUGCCACUUUUCCUCGGCGCAGCCUUAGGCACAAGCUGGCUCAAAUGCUAUCUUUGGUACUAGCACAAGGAGGCUAUAAUGUUUUUUGGUUGUAGCACUAGGCUAGAAUGUUGUCUUUUGGUUGUAGCACUAGGAGGCUAGAAUGUUGUGUUCUGGUCACUAACCUAGGAUGGCUCCUUUGAGUAUCAUGAAACAUCUCUUUGGGGAAUCUUAUGGAAGGAUAGAAUGGAUGAGUGGUGAGGUGGAUUAUGGUGAUCUAUGAGUAGUGUAACUUAUAGAAAUAGUGGUUGAAGUGUUGUUAUGUGCCGUUGUGUGGUGUGGGUUGAAUGGGGGGGGGGAUGGUUGUGGUGUUGUAAGGUGUAGGUUGGAUGGGAUAAGGAUGGUUUUUGUGUUGUGUUGUGUAGAUUGGAUGGGAGAAGGAUGGUUGUGGUGUUGUGUGGUGUUAGUUGGAUGGGUUAAGGAUGGUCUUUGUGUUGUGUGGUGUAGGUUGGAUGGGAGAAGAAUGGUUUUUGUGUUGUGUGGUAUAUGUUGGAUGGCAGAAGGAUGGUUGUGGUGGUGUGUGGUGUAGGUUGGAUGGGAGAAGGAUGGUUUUUGUGUUGUGUGGUAUAUGUUAGAUGGCAGAAGGAUGGUUGUGGUGGUGUGUGGUGUAGGUUGGAUGGGAGAAGGAUGGUUUUUGUGUUGUGUGGUAUAUGUUGGAUGGCAGAAGGAUGGUUGUGGUGGUGUGUGGUGUAGGUUGGAUGGGAGAAGGAUGGUUAUGGUGUUGUGUGGUGUAAAUGGUUGGGAUAAGGAUGGUUGUGGUGUUGUGUGGUGUAGGUUGGCUGGGGAAGGUGUUUCAGAGAUAAGGGUUAUGGUGGUGAAUAAUCGGUAGCAUGGAUGACGGAAAGGAUUAUUUUGCAAAAGAAAAUUAGAAAAUAGAAGCGAGAAGUUUAGAAAAUCGCGACUAUCCUUCCCACUGUAAUGCUGAUUAUUGUUUUUAACAUUGAACAACUGUCGGCCAUUUUUUUUAACAUAAAUUAUCGUAUUAAGAAUUACUGCAACAGUUUACUACCUAGUUAAUUUAAUUUGUUUCUGUCAAGGGCACCUACUACGGUGAUAUCGUCGAAGGAACAUGUCAGAUUGCCAAACCACUACCGGAAGCAGCUAGCAAUGCCAGGAUCACAGCAUUGGUCGCGCUUAAUAGACCUCAGUUCAUGAACUCACUCGUAUGUGGCAUGUGCAUCAAGGUAGGGCACCAUUUUGUAUAUGGCAUGUGCAUCAAGGUAGGGCACCAUUUUGUAUAUGGCAUGUGCAUCAAGGUAGGGCACCAUUUUGUAUAUGGCAUGUGCAUCAAGGUAGGGCACCAUUUUGUAUGUUUUUUUAUGUAUUAAACAGAUGACACGUGUGAUGAGAGUCUCUUUGCCAAUGUAUUUAUAAGUGGUUAUUUGCAGAUUUAUUUGUGAGUGUCUAGUUGCCAAUAGGGUGCUGGUUGGCCGAGUGGUCUAAACUGAGCAAAUCUCAAGUUGGUGGUCUGGAGUUCAAUUCCAGCUAGAGCAAAAACACCACCAGCACCCCGGGUAGAUGGGACUCGUUAACCUUGGACGGCAACUCAUCUAAGAGAAGGAAACUCUGAAAUCAAACCCGGAGAUGGAGUCCCGAAAGGCGGAUAACAUUGAUACAACGAAACAUUCCGACAACUCCUGCGACGUCACUGGUGCCAAGCUGUAUCAUCCAAUGAUGUUCCCUUGGGUUACCCAGCCCGCACCUCUCUCCGCUAAACGACAACCCUUGGUCGAAUAUAUCCUUCAAGUAUAAUAAUCCCAGGCUAUGUGGAUUUCGUCCUACGAAGCCCACUCCAUCGUCACAUUGUGACGGACGGCUGCCAGUUGCCAAUAUAUUUAUGGAUGUCUAUUUAUUAAUGUAUUUAUGAGUAUGAGCGUCAUUUUGGUAAUGCAUUUUUAAAUAAAAUUUUAUGUUUAUUAAUAGGCAAAGCUAAUGUAUUUAUACGUGUCUAUUUUUAUGUAUUUAUAAGUGUUUUUUUUAAUGUUUUUUAUAAGUGUCUAUUUUUAUGUAUUUAUAGGUGUCUAUGUUUAUGUAUUUAUAAUUUUCUAUUUAUAUGCAUUUUCAGUGUCUAUUUUAAUGAAUGUAUAACUGUCUAUUUUUAUGCAUUUAUAAGUGUCUAUUUUUAUGUAUUUAAAAUUGUCUAUGUAUAUGCAUUAUAAGAGUCUAUUUUAAUGCUUUUAUAAUUGUAUAUUUAAAUACAUUUAUUAGUGUCUAUUUUUAUGAUGUUAUAAUUGUCUUUUUAUAUGCAUUAGACAUUCAUAAAUGCAUAUAAAAAGACAAUUAUAACAUCAUAAAAAUAGACAUUCAUAAUUUUUAUGUAUUUAUAAGUAUAAAUGUCUAUUUGUUGGUUUAAUUAUAAAUGUAUAUUUGUUGGUGUAAUUACAAGCAUCUUUUUGUUGGUGUAAUCAUAAGUGUCCAUUUGUCUCAGAAUGAAUCUAUCUGAUCACCUUCAUCUAAAAAAUACAACUCUCCUCACUUACCUUCAGCUGAUAGAUCACAGGAUGGGUUUGGGGAAUAGUUUAUGGGUGGGGGGUGCAUGGUGGGCCUAUUUGGUAUUGUCUGCCUACUUUUAUUGUACUUAACAAUAUUAAUAUGGUUAUUUAUGUCUACGUUCAGGUGACAGGCUCAGGCCACGGGUUGGGUUCAAAUCCAAUCACAGGGGAGCACAUUGUCUACGUCAAGGAUAUGUGUCCAGUAUGCCAUGAAGGUAAGACCAUGUUAACUACAUUGUGUACGUGAAGGAUAUGUGUCCAGUAUGUCAUGAAGGUAAGACAAGUUUAACCACAUUGUCUACGUCAAGGAUAUGUGUCCAGUAUGUCAUGAAGAUAAGAUAAGGUUAACCACUUUGUCUACGUCAAGGAUAUGUGUCCAAUAUGCCAUGACGGUAAUUAUUCAUGACUGAACCAUCGGGUGCUGCACAAACAUGUGUCAUGUUUUAUGAGUAGCUUCUGACCAUUUGACUUCUCCAGGGGUCAGCACAUUUUGUGUUUGAUGAGCCAGCUCAUAAAUUAGUUUGUAUCUGCUUAGUAAGUAUCUUAAGAGACGCAUACAGGAUUAGGGUUAGGGCUCAGAGUUAGGAUUAGUGUUAGGGGUUAGAGUUAGGAUUAGUGUUAGGGGUUAGAGUUAGGAUUAGGGGUUAGUGUUAGGAAACAGGUUAGGGUUAUUGAUUUGGGGUUAGGUUUAGGGUUCGGGAUAGGGUUAUGGGUUAGGGUUUAGGGCUAAGGUUAGGGUUAAGGUUCAGGGUUAGGGUUAAAGUUAGGCUCAGGGUUGGAUUAGAUGUAGGGUUAGGGUAAGGUUAAGGUUUAGGGGUUAGGAUUUAGGGUUCAGUAUAGGGUUAGGUAAAUGGGUUAGGUGUUGGAUUAGGCUUAGGGUAAGGUUUAAGGAUUAUGGAUAGGGUUAAGGGUUAGAGUUAGUGUUUAUGGUUAGUGAUUAGUGGCUAGGGUUAGGUUUUGGGGUUGAGGUUAGGGUUAUGUUUAGGGUUAGGGGUUAAGCUUAGGGUAAGGUUUAGGGGUUGGGCUUAGGGUUCGGGAUAGGGUUAGGGGUUAGGUUUAGGGUUUGGGUUAGGGUUAAGGUUUAGGUUCAGGGUUAGGAUUGUAUUUAGGCUUAGGGUUAAAGCUAGGUUCAGGGUUUUGUGUUAGGGUUAAGUUUAGGGUUAUUAUUAGGUUUAGGGGCAAGGGUUAGUGGUUCGGUUUAGGGUUAAGGUUAGGGUUAGUCUUAGCAUUUAGCGGUUAGGUUUAGGGUUAGGUUUUAAGGUUAAUGUUAGGUUUCGUGUCUGGUUUAGGGUCAUUGUUAGUUGUAGGGCUAGUGUUAUGUUUAGAUUUAGAGCCUGUAAUCUUGUGGCCGAAAAGUGGGGCUCAUAUGUGGAAAACUAUCAACUUUGAAUGCAAGUUGUAAAAAACUGGAAAUCGGUACCUUCACGUGACGACUCUGUUGGUGGAUUUGGAGAACGAAUGUCCACAUAACACGUGACCUGAUGUAAUACUUUAUAUAUGUUUCUUUAUGUCAACUAUCCCAUUAUGUAAAUAUCCUAUUAUCCCAUUAUUCAACUAUCCUAUUAUCCCAUUAUUCAACAAUUAUAUUAUCCCAUUAUUCAACAAUUCUAUUAUCCCAUUAUUCAACUAUCCUAUUAUCCCAUUAAUCAACUAUCCUAUUAUCCCAUUAUUCAAUUAUCAUAUUAUCCCAUUGUUCAACUAUCCUAUUAUCCCAUUAUUUCACAAGGUGAUGUGGACUUUGCACUUGACGGGGAUGGUAGAUGGGACAUCACUAUCCAAGCCGUCCAGUGUCCAGUUGGUUCCACCAUCAUUCAGUACGCCUUCCAGGGAAGCAAUCCCUGGUACAUAAAGCUACAGAUCAGGAACGCCAGGUCAGUGUUUUAUCUGUUUGAUUACAUCCUCCACGCACUCAGUGUUUUAUCUGUUUGAUACAUCCUCCACGCACACAGUGUUUUAUCUGUUUGAUACAUCCUCCACCCACACAGUGUUUUAUCUGUUUGAUGCAUCCUCCACCCACACAGUGUUUUAUCUGUUUGAUUACAUCCUCCACCCACGCAGUGUUUUAUCUGUUUGAUACAUCCUAUAAACUGUAUGUCCAUAUGUUCCAGAAUUCCAAUCACAGGGGUGAAAUAUAAGCUGUAUGUCCAUAUGUUCCAGAAUUCCAAUCACCGGUGUGCAGAUUCAAGCAAAUGGCAACUGGUUGACACCCACCCACAGCAUUGACGGGUACUGGACCCUGUCAGUUGGUAACGGCAUGCAUGAUGGGCCGUUCAAUGUCCGUUUAACAGCAGCCAACGGUCAAGUUUUGGAGGAUUCAGUUCCAAAGAUAGGUAUGGAUACAAAUACAUUUCUUUCAGUUCAACUCCACCCGUACGUGUAUAAUACUAGAAAAUUUGACCCGGUGUUAUCGGGAUAAUAUUGUAAGGCAUAUCGCGCUAAUUUGUAUCUUCUGUUGCUAAGUAGAAACAUCUAAAUCCAAUUUUUAAGUAUGUAAUUGAAUUCGAUUUCGAUGUAUUGUAUCCUUUAAAAAAAUAUAAAUUUUUCGCACCCUUGGAAUGUAUCUUUAGGAAAUAGUAAAUCAGACUUUCCUUAUUUUAAAGACGCAUCGCAGUAAAAAUGUAAUGUUUCAAACACCAUUGGGUUUUGAGAAAAGUUUAUCUUCUACAUAAUAUAAGCCUACCCAACCGUUCUUGAAGUCCCUGAACUACAGAGGAAACUUAUUUUCUAAAAAUUGUAAAAUUGUAUCUAUACAUUUUCGAUCAAAAUAGUAAUUCAACACAUAUUUCAGUACAUUUAAAGAAUAUGGGUUUUAAUUAAAAUUAAAAUCCAUACCAAUGCUCAAAUUAUGGUAACAUAAUCGAGUUUGUAGUUAUUGAUAAUGAUAUGUGCGCUACCUCCCCCCGAAAUUUUAUUCAAAGAUGAUAGUAAAUAAUCUCUAUCGCAUUUUAUACAAUAUCCUACCUCCCACAUUCAGAUAAAUACUAAAAAUAACUAUUUAUUUACUAUAUAAAAUUUGUUGUAAUUUGUGAUUGAUAAUUAUUAUAAUACUAUAGAUUGCUUGUACUUGCAAAAAAGCAGAUUUAUUUGAUACGAUUUAUAUUGAUUCGAUUUUUGUAUAUUAAAAACAAAAAUAACUAUCAUUGUUUUCAAGAAUCCCAUUUAGAAAUAGGAAUCUUACGUCACGCGCCUACUGGACAAAAAUGUAACAUGUUGUUUGGUGCAUCCUGGGGGGGAUUUUAUUAUUCGCGCUAUUGAACAGGGCGUAGCACAAUGACAUUUGCUCAUAUGAGCGACACUGACGAAUAAAGCAACACUCCCUCACUUUAAACACGGCAUGUGUUAAGUGCCCGUUAAUAUACCACAGGCAUGGGAUAUUAUUUUCCAAACGCGGUAAAGAUGGGUGUAGAUCCGAACAGUGCCCAACACUCAUAAUAUUGAUUUUUGUUCUCAGAAAGUUAUGGUUAAUAUGUCUGACAUUUAAAUAUAUAUAUUUGACAGACAAUGACAACAUCAUGGAUGGCCUUAAGAGAGUGCAGGUGGCCCUUGACCCCAGCCUGCCUAGUGCUUGAGAGAUCUGGACAGCUCAACAAAUGUUUACAAGUUCGUUUUUUUUAUGAAUAAAAAGAGAAGUUUGCGUAAGAAGAACAGCUUGUGCUGCUGGUGUUGUUUAUAGAGACGUGUCCGUUUACUUGUUGAAUGGAUCGAAUCGAAUCGCCAACUUGGAAUAAAACGGAUAUUUGAAAUUUAAC